AAUGUUCAGCUUUACGACAUUGGAUGGCAUGAGAAGCAUUUCGAUUCUUUUAUUAAAAGUCUUUAUGAAAUUCACAAGAGAGCCCCCUUUCCACGAUAUAUCGUACUAAAUUUCACUAUUAUUUUUGUCCAGUGUUACCACGUUCACAUGUUCUAUUCUUCAUUCCUGUCCUUCCGAAAGCCCCACUUUUUGCGUUUCUUGUGACGAUUCUCUGUCAUCUAUACCAGUGUAUGAACGUUUUAUUUGUGUAUUGUUUUAUUUAUGAUCGUCCAAACGAUUGGUACAACUCCUACAAGUUUUUCCUUAUUGCUUCAUCUACCGCGAUCAGAAACUAACAGAUAGCGUCUUGUGGAUAUGACGGUCGUGUCGAGUGAAGUAUCCGUUUCGUUGCUAAACGUAUCAUCUAUAUUCUUCGAAUAUGCGAUAGAUAUUUGCGGUCUUUUCGUGUGAUGCAAAUGAGAAUGCAAUUGCUUGUUUAAAAUGGCAAAAGACGAAGGAGAUGACCUUUUGCCAGACAAGGACGCCGCAAAGGGAUUUUAUGCGAAAUACGAGCCUAAAGAGAUUCUUGGAAGAGGGAUAUCGUCGACUGUAAGGAGAUGCAUAGAAAAAGAAACUGGUAUAGAGUACGCAGCUAAAAUUAUAGACAUUAGCAAUGAACCUCAUGAAUCUACGGAGGGACAUACUAUGAAAGAUGCUACUUUACAGGAAGUACAUAUUUUGCGUAGAGUUGCUGGGCACCCUUAUAUUAUCGAGUUACACGAUGUAUUCGAAUCUAGCACAUUUAUAUUUUUAAUUUUUGAACUUUGUAAAAAUGGAGAACUAUUCGACUACCUCACGUCGGUCGUAACACUGUCCGAAAAGAAAACACGUUAUAUUAUGAGACAAGUAUUUGAAGGAGUUCUGCAUGUACAUAAUCAGGGUAUAGUUCAUAGAGAUUUGAAACCAGAAAAUAUAUUACUUGAUGAUAGCCUUAAUGUAAAGAUAACAGAUUUUGGCUUUGCAAGGAUGUUAAAAUCUGGAGACAAAUUAUACGAUUUGUGCGGAACACCUGGAUAUUUAGCACCAGAAGUCUUGAAGUGCAACAUGUUUGAAAAUGCCGAAGGUUAUGGAUUCGAAGUUGACAUAUGGGCUUGUGGAGUGAUUAUGUUUACCUUAUUAGUUGGUUGUCCCCCAUUUUGGCAUCGAAAACAAAUGGUCAUGCUAAGGAAUAUAAUGGAAGGAAAGUAUUCCUUUACAUCACCGGAGUGGGCAGAUAUCACAGAAGCUCCAAAAGAUUUAAUAAGAAAAUUAUUAGUCGUUGAUCCGAAAAAAAGAAUAUCGAUAAAAGAAGCACUGGAACAUUCUUUUUUCCACACAGUGUUGUGGGAUCAAGACAUCGCCCCUCUAAAGCGUUCACUGUCAUCUAACUCACGACGUCUGAGUAGGAUAUCUCAAUUAGCUUUGGAAUUAAAGGCAAAGUCAUUUAAUGCACGAAGAAGAUUUCAGUUAGCGAUUCUUUGCGUACGAGCAGUGAUACGUAUUAAACGUCUUCACAUUACACCCGAACCUCUUUCGACUCAAGUGGCUUGCACCGAUCCUUAUAGAAUAAAGAUCUUGCGAAAGAUUAUCGAUGGGUGUGCAUUUAGAGUUUACGGACAUUGGGUUAAAAAAGGAGAAGGACAGAAUCGAGCAGCACUUUUUGAAAAUGCACCAAAGACAGAACUAAAACAUCUUUAUGUUAGCAAUUUGAGUAGAUAACCAAUACUUUGUUGAAACAUUAGUUACAAUUGGUAUUUUAUUCAGACUUUAGUAAAUUCGUUUUUAUAAUAGAGAAGACAUAAUUAAUAAACAAAGAUAGUCUUUGAUUAUUCUGUUUUCACAACUUGUACGGUACGCACGAUGAGAGGAUGCUUUGGAAUUUCUCUCUCUUUUUUUUCUUUUUUUCUUUUUUUCCACGUGUACUUUCCUGUUAUUUAGUAUUGCCUUGUAAUAGAUAAUUCUUUGCGAAAAGAUUGUAUAACAACACUAUAGAAGAAUAUUAAAUAUCUGGCUGCAGUACUAUAAAAAUACUCUGGCCCUUCUUCUUCAGGGUUGUGUAAAAUAGAUCGAGAUCCUUCGUCACAGAAUAUUUCAAAAAGAAAAUAAAAGAAAAA